AUGGCCUUCAAAACAAACCAUCCUAGUGCCUUCGCAGCAGGCAUAAUUGUACGCUGUACGCCAUUACUGUUCCUACUCGUUCCCCUCAUCGUCUCCAUCAGCCUGAUCUGCUCGGACCAUAUCGUCGCCUACGGCUCGGCACAUCUAUACAUCACCACCCAUCGCACUACCGUAUCGAUAUUCGUACAACUGCUUUCCUCGGUCAUGGGGGCCCUGCAGAUAACGACCCUGACAACCAUCAUCAACCAUGCGCUACGGCUGCGGCUCACAAAUGCAUAUAUGCGCCUCGAUACAGUGAGACUAUUCACUGCGCUUUCAGUACCGCGCGUGUCUUGGACGCUGCCUCCGGGUGCACUCUGUCUAGCCGUCAGUAUGGUGAUUAUCACGCAAGGGCCCGGUGCAUUAUGGGCAGGUGCCAUCACACCAGUCACGGCUCGAGGCGUACAGCAAAUAGGCAGCAUCGCAGUGCCGCGCUUCACGGCGGCAUCACGGCACGUCUGGGAUUCAGAAUUCGAGCUGAAAGACGAUGGCAACCUAUGUAACCACGUGAAGAACUGCAACGCAACACAGGGCGAAUUGACAUAUGUGACGAGUUGCCCAGUGCCCAACCAACAGAAAGCGCUGCUAGAAGCGACCCGCACUGCGAGCAGCAGUUUGAACGCACUGCGAAACAAUACCAAGCCAGAUAGCCAAACAUGGACAUAUCAAGGCCGCUCAUACGGGUUAGGCUCAGCUCAGGGACUACGCGAAGUAGUAAAUGUACCAGCAGACUACAAUCUACUCGGCUACACUUAUAAUGAGACGGGAUAUGACGCCAGUGUUCGCUGCAUGCACAACGCAAGUGCUGACCUGAGACUGACUUACGAUGACAGCGUCAACGAUGUACACGUCUGGUACAUCGAGGGCAAGCUGCCCAACUCGCAGGCAAACGGGAACUAUCCUGUCAUAGACUGGUACAGCAAAACGCCCGAUACGGCUACCUUGUUGGGGUGGACUGCUUUCUCGAAUCCCAAAGAUGGCCCGAGUCAUAUGGUCGGGAUUGUUGCGAGCGCAACAUACGACGACUUCAACAAUGUGCAAUGCGACAUAACGUUUACCCCCAAGAUAUUCUCCGUUAACGUCAAUGCGACAACGCGAUCCAUCGUCGCUUCGCCCCUUACUGAUGCCAACGGACCAGGUCCAGACCCGACAGGCCAUUUGCAGAGCAACUCUGUAUACUCGCUCAAUCUAUUGGCUCGCAUGAGCACUUCGCUAUACACAUCUAUACUUGGCGACGCGCUUGCUUACAACUUGAAUACUCUACAAGCGGAAGCCGGUGAAGAUAACACGACUGCAGUUUCCCGAUCCGUCGAGGAGAGCUUCAUGGCGGUGCUGGACAGUGUUCUCGGCAUAUACGGCGGGGCGCAGUUGGUACUUGCCAAUGAUACAAUGCUGGUGCCCAUCGACGGGGUAUACAAAGCUACGCGAUUCGGCCAGAAGUUCUACAAGUGGGCGGUCUUGGGAGUGAACUGCAUCUUGUUGGUAGUCUUGCUUGCUGAAGUUAUACGCACCCGGGGAUGGCGAGGAUUACCGCAGUUUGACCCGCUGGACUUUAAGAGUGUUGUGGCGACUGCAUCGUUUGGAGGCGACGUUAUAGCUGCACGGCUCAAGCAGCUGCAUCAACAAUCGGGCGGCGUGUCGGCAUCCAAUAGAGUCUGGUUCGGAGACUCGGGAGAUAGAAAGUUGGGAGACAUUGAGGUGCAUUUGGAGCAGGGGCCGGCAAAUAUCGCUAUCGUGAAUUCGGGAAACGACGCACAGGGUGAGGCAUUGGAGGAGCUGUUGGCAAAGGAUCGGCCUACUCAACGCAUUGAGGAAUAUUAG